GAAGGAUUCCAUAUUUCCAUAUAGGGAUAGAUAGACAGCAUGUGACCACAGCUUCAAUAUCAUAUGAGCGCCGACAUCACAUGACACGUGUCUGAUGUUAAAUUUCAAUCACUUCCAACGACGCCGUUGCAUCGUCCUCUCACCCACUGCUAUUUUCGCGCUUUUCAUCAGAUCCUAUGGCUACUUUGUGUGCGUUGUUUUCUCAACAUUUCCCUUCAUAUUCACUUCUUCACGGUUGCGAAUUCCUUGCUUCUUGACUUGGGUUUUCUCUUUUACGUUAGCCCUCCCACUCCCUCCUCCCAUGGAGGCGCUGCAGAUCGCCCCCUCGAGAAAUCUCGGCAUAAGAUUGCUUCAAAACUCUGGUGUUGAUUGUUUUAUCGGUGUUAGGCAGGUGGGAUUUGCUUCUUUGUUAUCGGGGAAGAGAAAAGAUCGAUCUUUUUGUGUUAGAGCGAAAUCGUAUAAGGAAGAGGGUGAGUUUUUGAGUAGGAGAAGCGGUAAUGCCCAGAACAAGGAGACUGAGGAGGGAAUUCUGCUGGGAGCUGAGAGAGAUGGCACUGGCUCUGUUGUUGGGUAUCACUUGAUUCCUCAUUCUGCAAUAAGUGAUCAAAGAGUCUUGGAAACUCAAGAAGCUGAAGCAGAUAAGCUGUCUGAAGAUAUCAAAAGUAGUGAUACAACUUCACCCUGCACAAUCUUCAAUGUGGUUUUUGUAACUUCUGAAGCAGCUCCAUAUUCGAAAACUGGAGGCUUGGGAGAUGUUUGUGGCUCUUUACCAAUAGCAUUGGCUGCACGAGGUCACCGCGUAAUGGUCGUCUCUCCUAGAUAUUUGGUUGGAGGUGUAUCAGAUAAAAAAUUUGCCAAUGCUGUUGAUAUUGAAAGGCCGACCAAGAUCCAUUGCUUUGGUGGUGUGCAGGAGGUUGGAUUCUUCCAUGAAUACAGAGCUGGAGUUGAUUGGGUCUUUGUUGACCACCCCUCAUACCACCGACCUGGAACUCCAUAUGGCGAUAGUUAUGGUGCUUUUGGUGAUAAUCAGUUCCGGUUCACUUUACUUUGUCACGCGGCUUGUGAAGCUCCCUUAGUGCUGCCGUUGGGAGGGUAUACUUAUGGAGAAAAAUGUCUAUUUAUUGCAAAUGACUGGCAUGCUGGCCUAGUUCCUGUGCUCUUAGCCGCAAAAUAUCGUCCACAUGGUGUAUACAAGGAUGCAAGGAGUAUAAUUGUGAUACAUAAUCUAGCCCAUCAGGGAGUGGAGCCAGCAGUCACGUAUAGCAAUCUGGGAUUGCCUCCUGGGUGGUACAAGGCACUGGAAUGGGUGUUUCCAACUUGGGCGAGGACACAUGCUCUCGACCCUGGUGAAGCAGUCAAUGUUCUGAAAUCUGCUAUUGUCACUGCUGACAGGAUAGUGACAGUAAGCCAGGGUUACUCAUGGGAAAUAACCACCCCUGAGGGUGGAUAUGGGUUACAGGAGCUUUUAAGCAGUCGGAAAUCAGUUUUGACGGGAAUCACAAAUGGAGUUGAUUUGAAUGAAUGGAAUCCAUCUACCGAUGUGCAUCUUCCUUCUUUCUACUCGAUUGACGACCUCUCUGGAAAGGCUGAGUGUAAGGUUGCGUUGCAAGCAGAACUUGGCCUUCCAGUUCGACCCGAUUGUCCUCUGAUUGGGUUUAUCGGAAGACUCGACUACCAGAAAGGUGUUGACAUUCUUCUUCAAGCUGCCCCGGAUCUUAUGUAUGAUGAUGUCCAACUUGUAAUGCUUGGAUCUGGUGAGAAACAAUACGAAGACUGGAUGAGGCAACUCGAAUCGACAUAUAAGGACAAGUAUCGGGGUUGGGUUGGGUUCAACGUCCCAAUCUCUCAUAGGAUUACAGCAGGCUGUGACAUACUUGUGAUGCCUUCGAGAUUCGAGCCGUGUGGGCUGAACCAGUUAUAUGCAAUGAGAUACGGCACUAUUCCCGUCGUCCACAGCACUGGGGGGCUUAGAGACACGGUUCAAACUUUCGACCCAUAUGCUAACGAAGGCGCGGGUGAAGGAACAGGGUGGGCAUUUUCUCCUCUAACAAAGGACAGUUUACUGACUGCGCUACGAGUAGCAGUUGCGACGUGCAGAGAGCACAAAACGUCUUGGGAGGGAUUAAUGAGGCGCGGGAUGGAGAGGAACAGUUCGUGGGACAAGGCAGCAAUUCAGUACGAGCAAGUCUUCGAGUGGGCCUUCAUCGAUCCUCCUUACGCUGGCUGAGUUGAGUUGCAGAAAACCGCAGCUGGUAUAACUUACACAUUUUUGCAGCUGCUUAAAAUUCUUUUGCUAGAGUCUUUGUCUGAGGAGGAGGAUCACCAUACCAUACCAUAUAGCAAAAUCUAGGAGCUCUUUUGCUUCUUCUUUUGAGUAUUUCGUCUCGUGUUCAUGCUCGUGCUUGGCGUCGUAGAUUAGUCGAUGCGUUCGGGUUUAGUUCUGGUUGAAGCUUAGUCUCUAGAUUAUUAACAAAAGAAGGUUGGUAAUAUGAUGACUAGUGACAAAAGAAAACUAAUGACAACCCUAAAUUUUUAUUUUUC